GUUCUCUAAACCCUUUACUUUCCUUUUUUUCCUAUUCUUUUUUUUUAUCUUCUUUCUUUUUCUUCUUAUAUAUCAAUAAGAAACAGCUGGAUUGUUUCUUUAUAUCACGUUAUUAACAACAACAACAAUAAAAUAAAAAUAAAUAAAAAAAAAAGAAUGGUGACAUUACAAAAGAUUAUACAUCGAGUAACAGAAACAAGGUGGUCAAAAUGUUAUGUUGGAGUGGCAGUUUUACAAUGUAUCUUUGUAGUGAUUUUACAAAGCGUGAUAUGUUCACUUAAUGAUACUGAAGCAAGAUUAUUACCGACUCCUCCUAGUGAAGGUUUACUUACCGGUAGUAUCCCCGAAACUGAAAUACCUAUGAUGGCUGCCGAUCGAUUAGGUCGUAUCAAAUGGGAAAAUAUUUGUUUUAUUGGUUUUGAAAUUUGGUUUGUAGUCAUGGCUAUUGAUGCAACUGUUUAUCAAAAUACCGCGGAAAUCUUAGCUUUGGCAAAUAUUAAUAUUAUUUGUGCUGUAUUGGGUGCACUUGAAGUUGUAGAUGGAAAUAAAUGGUUAACGAAGUUAUCUAAUACUCGUUUUUCUAUUGAACCUUUGGAUCUCGCCGAAAAAUUAGAAAUUGCUCUCUCUGUGGUUAUCUUGAUUUUUGCUUGUGUUAUGGCCUAUCUUAGUUAUCAAAUGUCAAGACAAUUUGGUUGGAAUAUAUAUAAAAAACUUGGUGCACAACUUAGUAUUCAAAAAAUGUAUAGAGUAUUCCAAUUCUUUGUAUUAUCACUCAAAAUUGAUGUCUUCACUCAAUUCUUGGUAUCCAUCUUUUAUGUUAUUCAAUAUGCCAUAAAACAAGGCAUUCAAUGGGAAACAGGGAUUCAAAUAGCCAUCACUAUACUUAUGUUACCAAUGUUUUAUUUUGCCAGAACUGCUGGUAGCAACGAAAGUUAUGGACGAAUGAUCAUUUUUAUUACAUUUGAAGCUAUUGUUAUUGUUCAUUAUGUCUUGAUUCUUCUACAAACUAUGGGUCCUUACAAUAGUUGGUAUGUCUGGAUUUGCCUUGUAUGGCUAGGUGUGGUUAUGGAUAUUAGUACAGUUGUAUUGGGUUGCCUUUGUAUGCGGAAUUUCGAACGUGGAUUACAACCCUAUGUUCAACGUGGUGCGGCCAACAAGAAUAAACAUGAACUGACUAUACAAAAAUCACAAUCAAGACUCUCUUGGCGAAUUGAUGAAGAUUGAUCCUCUUUUUUUUUUCUUCUAUAUAUAUAUCAUCCUUUUGUAGUUGUUUAUUUUAUUAUAUUAUUUAUUAUAUAUAUUAUAUCAUUUGUUAUCAUACCUGUCUUUUUCCUCUCUAUUUCUUAAUAAAAAUUCAUCUCUCCUCACUGUAUAAUUAGUUUUGAU